AUGUGCGACGUGACGUUCAUCGCGCGGAGCUCAGACGGUUUGCUGCUGGCGGAGGCCUGGUCCCCCCACUUCAGCAGCAGCAGCAGCAGCAGCAACCUGCAGCAGCCGCAGGAGCAGCAGCAGCUGAAGCAGCAGGUAAAGCAAGUGCUGCAGCGGCUGCAGGGCGACUCUAUCAACGGAGCUAUUGAGGCUGGCAACCUCCGCUUCUACUACAAGUUACGUCGGGGGAUAACAUAUUUAACAGUGUGCGCUGCAUCAUAUCCGCGUCGUCUGGCCGUUUGUUUUCUCGACGAUGUCUGCACCCUCUUUGAAGACGAAUUAAGUGUCUCCUUUGGGUCGCGCGGGGCUGUCGACGCAUUUUCAAUGGUGGAGACAAUCGAAGCUCCUUAUCACUUUCUCAAGUUCGAAAGAGUUAUACAAAAAAAGAGACAGGAGUAUGGUGACCCUGUCUCCUCUCGCUCUUUAGCGCGGUUAAAUGAGUCUCUUGCUGAAGUAUCGGACAUAAUGAAGCAAAACAUAGAAGAAAUAUUGCAAAGAGGCGAAAACCUCUCAGACGUGGGGAAGAAGGCAACGGACCUCAAAUACGCCAGCGAGAAGGCAAGAGCUAAACCCUAA